AUGACUGCUUUACCAAAAGGGUUCUUCAUAAUAACUGGCCCAGAAGAUUGCAUAUAUCUAAAGAGAUUUUUUACCAUUUGUGCCAUUAUAUAUGUGUGGAAACCAUUGAAGCUUAGAGAAAGUGAUUUUUUUGUACUUAAAAAGUUUGUAGAUAUCCUGCAUUACAUUUUCACUAUAUUACAACAUUGCUUUCAAAAACUAAGAGCUACUGAUGUGGCUACCAUUCACUGCAGUGCUCAUAUUACUCCUGCACAUGUUUUGCAGAAACUUUCACAGGUUUGCAUGUUGAUAUCAACAACCACAGGCCGUGCAUAUAGACCAAGAAAUAGUGAGCGACUAGUAUUAUAUUUCAAAGACUUAAAUCUAGCUGCACCAGAUAAAUGGGGGACCAGCAUGCUGAUAUCUUUCCUUCAACAGAUCUUGACGUAUAAGGGCUUCUACGAUGACAAUUUGGAGUGGGUUGGACUUGAACAAGUUCAUGUUGUAGCAAGUCUUGUCGGAGGAAUAGAUGCUGGUCGACACCCACUAUCUCCUCGAUUCACUUCAGUGAUCAGAAUUCACAGUAUCAGGUACCUUAACAAAAUAUGCUUGUCAAAAUUCAAAACUAUUUUCUUUUAG